AUCAAUAGUGUUACUAAUCGGACUACACAAAAAACCCCAGCUCAACUUUUACUUGGUUACAGGCCCCGCAGUAUGGCAGAUUCUGUCCUUUUAGGUUCAAUUCAAAGCUCGUUGGACGCCCUGGAUCUCAAGGAGAUGCGAGAACAGGCGAAAGCAGCUACGGAAGUUGAACAGGAAAAGCAGAAGGCCAGGUUUGAUGCCAAGCGGUCCAAACCACCACAGUAUGCUGUCGGCGACAUCGUUGUGGUUGCUACCAAUCCAGUCGCGACUGGACAGAGCAACAAACUAGUCGCCAAGUCUAAGGGUCCAUUCAAGGUUACUGCAGUGCUGCCCAAUGACCGGUAUGAGGUCCAAGACUUACGGGAGCUGCAGAAAUCCAGGAGACAAAAGACUGUCGUAGCGGUUGACAGGAUGAAAAGAUGGAUAUCCUUCAACGCACUGGAAUAAAUUAAGAUCCAGGUAGUCAAAGCCGAGGACGGUUUGUGUGGUCAGGAGAGGCCGAAUGUGGGAGUACUUUUCCACUCUCGAAAAUUUUGCGUCAACCACCGUACUCUUUCGGCCAUAAAAUCCCUUCCCCGGCAUUCAAGGGGCUCAUGACGUCACGGGACCCCAAGACCAACGCUAAGUGUUAGCAAAGACUAACACCCUCAAGAGUCAAGGGGCACGAGGCAGAUUUUCCUCAGCCUCUGAGAUACACACACCUACGGUCUAGGACACAUCCUAUUUUCCUUUAUUUCACGUAUCGUAUUAUUGUAAUCGCGAAGUACUAUCUUGACAUUAUUAUUUAUACACGAACUUUAUCUAUUGUAUCGUUUUCUGAUAACUAUAUUCUACGGGAUUGAUUAUUUAUUGUGAGAUUUAAUUAACUUCAUUCGAAUAUUGUAAAGAGUAUAGUUAUAACUUGAAUAAAUUA